GACCAAUUUCGAUACGUUACAUUCAAAAACAACGUGCUUUGAAGACUGACAGCAUCAACAAGAUUGACAGCCCGGAGCCAGAAAGAAGAAGAAGAACCAAGAUUGAGUGGUGAAAGAAUUUGUGGCUGAUAUAAAUAAUUUUAUUUUUAUAUGUCAAUUAACUGAAAGGGACACACAAUAUCAUGAAUGAGGUUAUAGAUAAUUUUGCAUGGACUCGCCAACUCGAGUGUCCACCAACAGUAUGCAAUGAUUCAGUGAAGAAAAUAUUAUGCAAGGGAGUACUGGAGCUCUUAUGGGAAGACAUUUCAAAUUCUACAUUUCCUAUGACUGAAGCAUUCAAAAUAAGGAAGAAUAUUUUGGUGUACAAAUUGAGACAUGGAUUGAAUGAUUCUACAAUUGCAUCUGUAAGGAAUUUAAAUCAGUUAAGGUCUAAAAGUAACAUACUGAAACAACAGAUAUCUUUGCUAGAAGAGGAAUAUGAAGAACAAGAUUACAAUGUUAGACAAAAAAUGCAACGGUUAAAAGACAUAAAGAACAAGUAUUCUAUGAUUAGUACGAGAAAAGAUUUUCUGAAAUUAAAACAUAAUGAAACUAGUGAACAAUUAAAAGAUUGUAGUGACAUGAGACGAAUUUGUCAACAUUUAAUGCCAAAUAUUUCUAAGGACAUAAAUCAACAAAAAUUGAGAGAAAAUCUAGACAUAGUAGCAGGAUUACGUUCAGCCGAAAAUAAAAAACAAAUAAAAAGAAAAAUAUCAAACUCUCUUGGUCAUAUUAAUAUACACACACUGUGGACACAUUUGUAUCAAGCGCUGUCACAGGACUUGGACACGUUGAAGAAACUGGAGACUAGAAAUGAUUUUAAUAAUUCGACUUUAGUGGGUGAAAAUAUAGAUAUUGGUAUCGCAAAAGCUUGCGGCCUACAUAUGUGUAUGAUGUCAAAACGAAUAUUAUCUAAUGCUAAGGCCAAUAUAUAUCGACAACGUUUAAUUGAAUUCAUAGAAUUAAUAGAGUCAUUAUCCCAUGAUGAUGUAAUCACGUGGUUGGCUUUAACAUUGGAGAUAAAAAAGUUAGAAACCGAACAAACGUGUCUGCAAAAUGAAGUUCAGAAAUUAAAGAGCACCAUCCAGGACAAUUAUUUGCUUAAUCUCGAUAUAGCUCAACUAACGGCUGAUAUAGAAACGGUUGAUGCACAGAUUGUCGGAUAUGUAAAAAACAUUCAGCAGUCUAUAGCCAUUUUGAAUUCUACGAUAUCGCUCAUACUUAAAGCGAAAGAGAAGUUGAAUUACGAGUCGCAGAAAAUAGUGGCAUUACAAAGCGAUUACGGUCCGAAAUGUACAAACAACGCAUUGGACAUCGAACUGGAUAUAUUUCACAAUACUUUAGAUCUCAAUGCUUUGCGAAAAGUAAUGUUGAAAGGAGACGUGGGUUUAUACAGACACGCGAUCUGUGGCAUCGAUAAAGCUUCCAUCACGCUUCCAUCUGCAAUCAACCCACAAUCGAGGAUUAAAUCUUAUUUCCCAAUGAUACAGAUACCAAUUUACUGUCUCAUAGAAUGCUACAGAAACGCGAUCGCCAAUAUAAUUUAUACGAAGUUACAUUGUUCCGCGUCAACGGAGGAUAUCGAGUGCGCGGAUAAAUUAGUGUCAUCGCGAGAAAAAUGUAAUUACAACAACCUGGAGCUAUUAUAUCUCUCAAAAAUGGCUUGCGAUCAGGCGCGUGAAGAAAUCAAGGGGUUCAACGCGAUCUUAAGUGCUUGGAUAAAUCAAGAUGUGCAAGAAGCGAUGGCGCUCAUCGAAACGACCGUGGAUGGUGUGUCUUUCAAAGAUUGGUUACAGCGUUAUAAUUUAGUGUUGUACAUGAUACAAAAUGGUAAAUGAUUCAAACGUGCAUCUACCGUAUCUUAUCGCUGUUUAUUUGUAUAAUAUAACAUGCCCAGGGAAUUUUUAUAUAUAUAUGAUUUUUAUAUUAAACAAAGUUUGAAGGA